GCAGUGAAGAAGGGCCUAGGCCUCGCGGACAAUCCCAACGGUCCUGAUCGGCGUGCUGGCUUGAGGGAAGUGGAGGAUCGGACCAAGAUGAGUUUGUUUGGGUCAACAUCAGGAUUUGGAACCGGAGGCACCAGUAUGUUUGGCAGCACUGCUACAGAUAACCACAACCCAAUGAAGGAUAUUGAAGUUACUUCCCCACCUGAUGACAGCAUAGGUUGUUUGGCUUUCAGCCCACCAACGUUGCCGGGUAAUUUCCUUAUUGCAGGAUCAUGGGCAAAUGAUGUUCGUUGUUGGGAAAUCCAAGAUAACGGGCAAACUAUCCCAAAAGCCCAACAGAUGCAUACAGGACCAGUACUAGAUGUUUGCUGGAGUGAUGAUGGAAGUAAAGUGUUCACAGGGUCCUGUGAUAAAACUGCCAAAAUGUGGGAUCUUAACAGUAAUCAAGCAAUACAAAUUGCACAGCAUGAAGCUCCUGUAAAGACCGUCCAUUGGAUUAAAGCACCAAAUUAUAGUUGUGUGAUGACUGGAAGUUGGGAUAAAACAUUAAAGUUUUGGGAUACACGAACCCCCACUCCUAUGAUGACGCUGCAGUUGCCUGAACGAUGCUAUUGUGCUGAUGUGAUAUAUCCCAUGGCCGUUGUGGCUACUGCAGAAAGGGGCUUGAUAGUUUAUCAGUUAGAGAAUCAGCCUUCUGAAUUUAGAAGGAUAGACUCUCCACUUAAACAUCAGCAUCGUUGUGUGGCUAUUUUCAAAGACAAAGUGAACAAACCCACAGGCUUUGCCCUUGGAAGUAUCGAAGGAAGAGUUGCCAUUCAUUAUAUUAACCCACCAAAUCCCGCCAAAGACAACUUUACCUUCAAAUGCCAUCGAUCCAAUGGUACAAACACAUCUGCGCCUCAGGAUAUCUAUGCAGUAAACGGGAUUGCCUUCCAUCCUGCCCACGGCACUCUUGCAACUGUAGGGUCUGAUGGCAGAUUCAGUUUCUGGGAUAAAGAUGCGCGGACAAAGCUAAAAACAUCCGAGCAGCUAGACCAGCCAAUAUCCGCUUGCUCCUUCAACCAUAACGGCAACAUAUUUUCAUAUGCUUCUAGUUAUGACUGGUCAAAGGGGCAUGAAUUCUAUAAUCCCCAAAAGAAAAACUAUAUUUUUCUGCGCAGUGCUGCUGAAGAACUAAAACCUAGAAAUAAAAAGUAUUAAAUCUUAUGGAAGUCAUUAUGAUUCUAGCAGGUGCCACAAGAACUUCAACUGAGGAAGGAAUUUCUACCAGAAACUUAACUAACCGUGCCUGUCAGUUGGGCUUCCUCCUUGUGCUUUUAAUGAGGCCAAAAUCAGAAAAGAAAGAAAAGAAAAGAAAGAAAUGCUCAGUGUCUUUUCCUUUCCCCUGUUUUAAAAAAUGGGAACUGCAUUCACUUUAAUUAUUCUACAUUGGCCAUUUGCUCCUACCUAUACUUGAAAGCUGUGGGCCUAUAACCUGUGGCUUAAUUUCCAGUAAUCAUGCAUAGGAUCGCACUGUGCGUGACAACAGCACUGCCUCCCUCCUCCAACAGGACUUGGAACAGAAUUGUGGAAUAUUUAACAAUGAAAAAAACAGAAGCAGCUUAAAAUAUUUUAACUUCGCUCAGAGGUUCAUAGUAUAUGAACAGAUAUAAAAUCAUGAACAAAAUAUUUUCAGUUCUUUUUACCAAGGUUGAGAUUCUUACAUUUUUGCCCCAACUUGGUCUUAAUGCCAUCUUUAUAAGUUGUUUAAAAAUUACCUUGAUUUUUUUUUCUAGUAAAACGUUAAGCAAGUGUCCUUAGCAGCAAUCUGCUUGUUACUAUUGAUCUUCUGCACAAUGUGUAGGUAUCUUCAGUGGUCGUUUUAAGAAAUCAGUUUUCACAUUGUGGUCCAGUGAACUCCAUUCAGGAAAUCUAUUGAAAAAUCAACAAUUAUUUAUGCUUUGGUCUUGAACUUGAUUUAUUUUCUAAGAACAAAUUUCAUAUCCUGAUUGAAUUAACCCUUAAACUUCAGGCCCCAGGUUUUCACAAGUUAAUUCUUUCCGACACUGAUGGUGCUACUGAAUAAAGCAACAUUUUAUCUC